GCUUGUUUCUUCACAAAUAUCUUUUAUAAACACUCUUAAAAACGAGCUAAUUAGCCUCUAAUGCUAACUGUCUGAUACUGAACGUAGAGCAUCAGCUAGCUGAACUACAGAGCAUGCAGUGCAUCUCUUCAGUGAUGAGUGUGAACAACAACACAAUAGUGAGAUCACACAGAUACACUGAAGUUGACAAGAAUGGAGUACAUACAAGCUCCUGCCACAAGCAGCCAGGGAAAUAUCCUGUGCUGUACCUGUGGUGUCCCUAUUCCUCCCAACCCAGCCAACAUGUGUGUAGCCUGCCUUCGUACUCAGGUAGACAUCUCAGAGGGGAUCCCCAAGCAAGUCACUGUGAACUUCUGCAAGCAGUGUGAAAGGUAUUUGCAGCCUCCAACCACCUGGAUGCAGUGUGCCCUGGAGUCCAGGGAGCUGCUGGCUCUUUGCCUGAAAAAAAUUAAGAGCUCUAUGACCAAAGUGCGUCUUAUUGAUGCUGGCUUCCUGUGGACAGAGCCACACUCCAAAAGGAUUAAGAUGAAAGUGACCAUCCAGAAAGAGGUGAUGAAUGGGGCUAUCCUACAGCAGGUGUUUGUGGUUGAGUUUGUCAUCCAGUACCAGAUGUGUGACGACUGCCAUCGUGUGGAAGCCAAGGACUUCUGGAAGGCCGUAGUUCAAGUCAGGCAGAAGACCAUUCACAGGAAGACAUUCUACUAUCUAGAGCAGCUGAUCCUCAAGCACAAACUCCACCAGAAUACCCUCAACAUCAAAGAAAUCAAUGAUGGGAUUGAUUUCUACUUUGGCUCCAAGCAGCAUGCUCAGAAGAUGGUCGACUUCCUCCAAUGCACCGUGCCCUGCAGGUCAAAGACAUCCCAACGUCUCAUCUCUCAUGAUAUCCACUCAAACACGUACAACUAUAAGAGCACCUACUCCAUGGAGAUCGUACCUAUCUGCAAGGACAACGUAGUAUGCCUUUCACCACGGCUAGCGCAGAGCCUGGGGAACAUGGGUCAAGUGUGUGUGUGUGUCCGGGUCACCAGCACCAUCCACCUCAUCGACCCCAACACCCUGCAGAUUGCUGAGGUGGACGGGAGCACAUACUGGCGUUACCCCUUCUACAGUCUCUGUAGCCCACGGCAACUGGAGGAGUUCAUCGUCAUGGACACUGACAUCAUCAGAAACCAGAAGCUGGGUGCUGGAGCCGGCGUGAGGUCCAAUAAGCACGUCCUGGCUGAGGUGUGGGUCCAGAAAACAUCAGAGAUGGACACCAGUCAGCAGUAUCACUGCCGUACAUUCCUGGGCCACCUGCUUAACAUCGGAGACAUGGUGCUGGGAUAUGACUUCGCCAAUUCCAACGUCAAUGAUGAAUACCUGAAUAAGAUGAACCCUCAACGCGUUCCUGAUGUGGUUCUGAUCAAGAAGAGCUACGACCGCAGCAGGAGGGUGAAGCGCAGGAACUGGAAACUGCAGGAGAUGCAGAGGGACCGUGAAGACCAGGACACAGACGAUGAGAGACAAUACCAGGACUUCCUGGAGGACCUGGAGGAGGACGAGGCUCUGAGGAAGAACGUUAACAUCUACAGAGAUGCAUCAAAGAACCCAGUGGAGAGCGACACUGAUGAUGAAGGAGCACCACGUGUCUCCCUGGCGGAAAUGCUGGAGGAGCUCACCCUGACGGAUGCAACAGGAGAAGAGGGUGCCGAGAUGAUGACGGAGUAGCCAGUCGCCAUCUUUCCUGUGCGACACUGACAGCUGCUCUGUCAAAUACAGGUCCGCUGAUGAUGCAGUGAUAUAAUUACACACAGCUGAAAUGACAGCAAAAUUGAGGACUGAUUGAACCAUUCACAAAAAAUGUAUCGUGAAAAAUAAUCCACAGUUAAAACCCAUAAACGGUGGGUUAUAAAGGUGCCACCUAGUAACAAAUAUGUUUCUACAGUACUCUUUUCUCCCUUUUGUCAUGUAAUAUUUUGAAGUGAUAUGGGAGUGCUUCUAGUAAACUAUAUCUAAAUAAAUAUUUGUCCUAAUGCUCAGUUUUCAUAGCUAUUUUCUGCUUGGGGAUUUAAUGGACAUGGUUCCCGUGUCAUGUCAGAUGGCAAUAAACCUGCAACUUUGGAAAGCCAAGUAAAAA